GAAAACGUUGCAACCAGCGCAUGCGAAUGUUAGAGGAAAAUGCACAUUUGAUCCAAAACGGAGAUGUUACUGUCAAAGCCCCAGAGGGAGAGAGCGUUGUCCUGCUGGAUUUUGCAGCAUUAUGCACGACAAACUAAUAGCUCAACACAGAUAUUUUAAGCCAAACUUCAAAAAUUCAAAUAUCAAGGAAUGGCGCACGAGUCCUUUACAAAUAGGACUAUGUAACAUUGGUUCCAAUAACAAAGCUGAUAUAAAAUCUUUGGAAGACUUGGAUCCAGCAGCAAUUUUGCAGAUACUGAUUAAUGAUAUGGAAGUGACUUCUGAUCCAUCUGAUCUACUGGAGCUUUUAAAAAAGGUGAAACACUGUCGCGACGAAUUCGCCCAUUCUAGAAACAUGGCGCUUGCAGACAGUAAGCUCACCCAACUUAUAGAUGACAUAAUCAAAUCGCUUGAUCUACUUCCAAGAUGUGAUGAAUCCGAUGAAGCGAAACGACUCACUUUAAAGCUAAAAGAUGAAGAGUGGGAAAUAAUAUCAAAGGGCACAGAGAGAGGUCCGCACAAUUCUGUAGAGAAACAAAAACAACUUAAAGAGAAAGUUGAAACAUGUAGGUCCGCAGUUAUCAAAGAAAUGCAUAACAGAGAGAAUGACACGGAUCAAACGAUAUCUCCAUUCCUGCAUGAAAUGGAUGACUCACUUCAAGAGAUAGCCCAUGCAAUAGACGAGACAGACGAAACCCAGCUUGCAAAAGAUUCACUAAGUAUCAAGUUAACCGACUUGGACAAGAAACUAGCUCUGAAGGAAUUUCUACUGAAAAAGUAUCAGAGGAAUUUACUGGAAACUGAAGAUGGAAUUAUAGUGGAUGAGAUAUAUGUGCCUCAAAAGACAAUGGUAAAAGACGAAAAUGAGAAGGAACCUAGACAAAUGACAACGUAUAGAGACAUGUUUUAUCAAGGAGAGAAAAAAGCAAAGAAAAUCUACAUCAUAAGUAAAGAGGGGGGAGGAUAAUCUGUAUAUUUGAAACACCUGACGAGUAUCUGGUGUCGGGUACAUACUGGUGAUGCUUUACAAGAUAGCUUGAGCGAGAUCGAAACAAUUAUGUUACAGUACGAUUUCUUGUUUUACGUUUCAUUGUAUUAUGAAAAGCAGGAACAUGACGUCCAUAACAUUAUUAUAUCGCAACUGCUAGAAGACAACAGCCACAUAGAAGUCUUUGAGCAGUUGAUGACAUCAGAAUCUGGCAAAUGCUUGAUUAUUUUAGAUGCUUUAAACGAAUUUAUUCUUGUGGGUGAUGGAAGGGAAAACAUUCCUGUAUGUGAUGAAACGAAAGACUAUACAGUUGUUAUGACAACUAGAUUUUGGAAAACGGAAAUGAUCAAGAAAACCGAUAAGAUACUCGAACUUUCUGGUCUCGUGAGUCCGUUUACGUUUGUAAGAAAGGCUGUAAACAGUCUCAACAAAAGAUAUACACGAGACAAAGACUUUAUGGACUUUUUGGGGAAUUUUGGUGUGCUAAGAUGUCAACGGUCAAUGCCCUCUCUGCUCAUGUUGCAUAUCCGUUUAUGGUUUAAUGGAAAUGACGAAUAGACUCAGUACACCGAGUGUCUUCAUGCACACACUAAUUUAUACAUUUGAAGAUUUAAAUAGAUUUUGUUAUAUAGAUCUGCCCCUUCCAUCCGUCCGCCUGUCUUAAAAGACUGUCCGGACAACUCCUGUCUGCUUACUGGUAGGAUUUCAACAAAACGUUUAAGAACGUAAAGUACAUGCAUUUUAGCAUGAAAGAAUGAAAUCCCUCAACCCCCCCCCCCCCCCCCCCCCCCCCCACACACACACACUUCCUCUCCAGUUAUUAUACAUACUGUCCAAAAGCAAAGUGGUAAAAGCAAUUAUGACAUCUACUAUUAUUGAAGCCCCAGCCCAUGUUAUAUUACUAUGACAAUUUAUCAAUAGCUUAAUUCAUUGAUAUAAACAUAAUGUAAUAUGUUUAUACUGAGAUAAAAUUUCAUUUAGUAUAACAAUUGUUUCAGAAAAAAAGUAAUAAUUCAAUAGCUCAUUAUAAUUGUUAUGUUAACUUAAGAGAACGUGUUUAAAGCCUCUUCAUUCUAUUUCUAAACUUUUAAUAGAACUUUAGGUUUGCAAAUAUUUGAUCUUGUGACAGCAACAAAAUUACUCGAGCUAGUUCGUAGCUGGAAGGCAACAAUGAGAUAAGAAACUCAUUGUAUUUUGUCAACAAGACAAAAAUGUGUUUGCUAUGGCAACGAACAUAGUAUAAAUGCACAAUAAUACAGCUUCUGCAAUAAUGAGAAAAAUACUCUAGGUACACUGGUUGUGACAGAGGGCAAUAAUGCUACUACUAGGACCGAAGUAACUGUGACGGUACCAACUGUGUAAUGACAACUCCCCAAACAUAAUCGCACAAAUAAUAGAUGCCGAAGAACAGUACUAUGCACAGCCUUUUUUUAGUGUGGGAAAAGGGUGUAGAGCAUGCGUACCUUCAUAAUUACUGCUGGCUAGAUAUAGAUCUAUAUUAUUUAUAUCAAUAUAUGUAUACAUUUAAGUAUGUAUAUAUGUAAGUAUGAAUAUGUGUAUGAAUUAUUCUCUGUUAUUGAUUUUUAAUCCGUAUGUACAUACUGUAAUGUUUGUUAGAAACACAGUAGUUUCACCGUGUAAUAAACUACACUACUUACUUA